CUUCCCAAUCUAUUCUAAAACAUGUUUAACAAAUAUAACUACAUUUCCCAGCGUUCUUGUCGGCUAGUCAACAUGGCUACGUCCACUCAUUUAGUUUCUCGUGGUUGUUUGGUUUAAUGUAGGCGAGUUAUUUGAAGCCAUGGCGAAAUUUGCAAUUGUUGUUUUGGCGUUUGCAUGUUGUGCGUUUGCUCGGGAUGUUAAAGCCUCACAGACCGGGUCCAGCCUCGCUGAGAACUACCUGACGCUGCUGUGGCACCACCGGCUGUACCUGUACGCGGCUGCCGCGCUCGCCGUCGGCCUCUGGUUCUCCCUGAAGGUGGCUCUCAGCAGGAAAAGUUGUGGAAAAGAUGCUGUUUCUGGAGCCAGAGAAGCUGGAAAGCAGGAGGAGCCUCAGGUUUAUGUGUCAGGAGUUAAAAUCUUUUAUGGUUCUCAAACGGGAACUGCAAAGGGUUUUGCCAACGUCCUGUCCGAGGAGGUGAAGACUUUGGGGUUUCCUGCUGAGGUGAUAGACAUGAAAGACUACGACCCAGACGAUCGACUUGCUGAUGAGUGUGUGAGUAGGUCGGUGUGUGUGUUCCUGGUGGCCACGUACACCGAUGGGCGGCCCACGGAGAGCGCAGAAUGGUUCUGCAAGUGGCUGGAAGAAGCCUCCACGGACUUCAGAUACGGGAAAACUUACCUCAAAGGUCUCCGAUAUGCAGUGUUUGGUUUGGGAAACUCUGUCUAUGUGGGCCACUAUAACACGGUGUGUAAGAAUGUGGACAAAUGGCUGUGGAUGCUGAGUGCAAAGCGACUGAUGACCAGAGGCGAGGGCGACUGCAACGUGGUGAAGAGUCGCCACGGCAGCAUUCAGGCAGACUUUCAGGCUUGGAAAGGGAAGUUCUUGAGUCGUCUGCAGGCUCUGGCAAAGGGUGAGAAGAAAGUCUGUGGUGGAAACUGUAAGACAGGAAGUUCCUGCAAGAGCAAGACGGACAGAAAGGAGGAAGAGGAGGAGACGUCAAAGGAGAUCGGCUCUGAGAUGAUGUGUUGUCAUGGAAGAGUGGAGCCAGCUUCCUCCCCUCUGAAGGUGGAACUGAUGGAAUCCAGCAGCGACGAUGAAGAGUCUGACCUCAACAGUGAGAAGAAGUCCGUGGUCGACCUGGAGGAUUUGGGCAACUUGAUGAACAACGCCAGGAAAGCGAAGGGUAAAAUCGGGUCUCAGCGAGGCGGCGAGGUGGUGAAGGUUUCCAAACUGAACGGGGUGAAGAAGAUUGAUGAUGAUGGAGAGAGACGAGAGAUGAUCACGGCGGCUCUGAGAGAAGCUCUGACGAAACAAGGUUAUAAACUCAUUGGCAGUCACUCGGGUGUGAAGCUUUGUCGAUGGACUAAGUCCAUGUUGCGGGGCAGAGGGGGGUGCUACAAGCACACCUUUUAUGGGAUCGAGUCCCAUCGCUGCAUGGAGACCACCCCCAGCUUAGCCUGCGCUAACAAGUGUGUCUUCUGCUGGAGACACCACACCAACCCUGUGGGGACCGAGUGGCGCUGGAAAAUGGACCCUGCAGAGAAGAUCCUGCAGGACGCUCUGGAGAAGCACCAGGACAUGAUCCGACAGUUCAGAGGCGUCCCUGGAGUAAAGCCCGAGCGUUAUGAAGAAGGUUUGGCGGUGAAGCACUGCGCGCUGUCGCUGGUGGGAGAGCCAAUCAUGUACCCGGAAAUCAACGCUUUCAUUCGGCUCCUCCACAGUCAGCGCAUCUCCAGCUUCCUGGUCACAAAUGCGCAGUUUCCUGAGGAGAUCAGAGGCAGAGGACGGUGUACCGGCUGACGCUGGUGAAGGCCUGGAACGUGGAGGAGAUGCAGGCGUACGCCGAGCUGAUCGCUCUGGGGCAGCCUGACUUCAUCGAGGUGAAGGGCGUGACGUACUGCGGGGAGAGCUCCGCCAGCAGCCUGACCAUGGCCAACGUCCCCUGGCACCAGGAGGUGGUCGCCUUCGUCCAGCAGCUGGCCGCCAUGCUGCCCGAGUAUGAGAUCGCCUGUGAGCACGAGCACUCCAACUGCUUACUCAUCGCUCACGAGAAGUUUAAGCUGGAUGGCGAGUGGUGGACAUGGAUCGACUACGAGCGUUUCCAGGAACUGGUCCAGGCUCAGCGGGCCAGCGGGGGCCAGCAGACCUUCUCAGCCCUGGACUACAUGGCCAGAACCCCCAGCUGGGCUCUGUUCGGAGCGCGGGAGCAAGGCUUCGAUCCCGCCGACACGCGGUUCCAGAGACGCAACAAAACCAAAGACAUCUCCGGAUGCUGAAAACAGCCGGAAGACGGAGCUGAAACUGUCACGUCCAGGGUUUUUAUUUGGGGGUUUUAUGGUUUCUUUUAUUCUUGUUGCGUCUACAGACUUCUAAAAAGUUGACCUAAUUUGUCCGUGAGUCCAUCUCUGCAUGUGUUAUGGAGUCAGUUUGUUUGAAUAGAAUGAUUUCUGUCAGUCGGUUUGUAAAAAAGUUUGAACAUUUAUUAGAAGUUUCUGGUAAAAUUGAAUUUGUUUUCUGGAUUAAAGCUGUAAGAGGAAAACGGAAA